AUGUUGCACCAACACAUUCAUCCUAGUUGCCCAAAUUGGGUGCCUAAUGCUUGGGCAGGUGCAACGCAGGGAAGAUCAUGGAAGAAGGAAGGGAAGCCAUCAAUUAAAACCAUUCAGUCAAAAAUUGGAGAACUAUACGAUUGUGUUGAUAUAUACAAGCAACCGGCAUUGGACCAUCCAUUACUGAAGAAUCAUACUCUCCAGUUAAAACCAAGUUCUCUUCCAAAUGGAUUGAAACUUGCAAAACCCAAGCCAGCGACCUUCUACGGAUUCAACGACACUUGUCCUUCGGGGACUAUUCCCAUUGAGCGUUUUCAGAAAUCAGACUAUUUUCGUUCUCAUCGCCCUGUAGAUGGUAGAAGUGAAUCUGGACACUAUUUUGCUAUAAUUGAAACCAAUGGCGUUAGUCCCAAUUUAUUCCACGGAGCAAGUGUGAGAAUGACGACACAUAAACUUCCAAAGGUGCUACCAAAUCAAGUAUCAUCGAGCAGUAUUUAUCUUUUUGGUGGUUCUCAGGGCCCACACUUUGAUCUCAAUGUGAUAGAAGCUGGUUGGCAUUAUUCGCCAAACGAUUAUAAUGACAAUAAUCCUCGAUUUUUUACUUUUUGGACAGGUGAUGGGUAUGGAAAUACUGGUUGUGCAAAUUUACGGUGCCGAGGUUUUGUUAGAACUACUUCUAGUUCUAUUGGACCUGGUAGUACUGUUGAAAAAUUCUCCGUUUAUAAUGGUGAAGAAUUUUUAAUAAGUCUACAAAUCUUUAAGGAUCCUUCGACUUUAAACUGGUGGUUUUUGUUACAAGGUGAAUCUAUUGGUUAUUAUCCUAGAGAAUUGCUUCCUAGCAUGGAUGGUGGUAUAGAUAAGAUUCAAAUGGGUGGAUAUGUCUUUGCUCCCUCCAGCGAUCCAAGUCCUCCGAUGGGUAGCGGUCAUCCGUAUACCGAAGGACGUGACUAUCAUGUUGACCCAAAGGAUGGUUGUGUUUUUGCUUACGGAGGAAAAGGAGGUUUUACGAAGUGA